UCAGCUUAGAGCCAUUAAUUUGCUCUAAGAAUAGUAAGAGGAGAGGGGAAAAAAAGCCGCACGAAGGAAGCAGAGCUUGCUCGCCCUCCUCCCUUCCCUGCAGUGUGAGUUUGUCCCUUCCUGCUGAGCUGCACACCUGGUGUAUUAUUUAACAGAGAAGGCUGGAGCGGAGCAUAUGCAAAAAUAGAAAAGGGACAGAUGGAAGGCAGAGUACCGGACUUGCUGGAUCGCAGCCAAACGGAGCUGCGCAAGGGAGACCAAAGUGCGUUUGGGCCGCCAUUAAGAGGCACACCAGCUUAGAAAAGUCCCCGCCAGUUCGUUUUAGAUGCCUCCCUCAAAUUUAUUACGUUUCACUGCCUCUUUGAUCCAUCGGAGAACUUUCCCUUGGACAUCGAGGCUUGGAGACAGACAUCUCUUAAUGCGCCAGUGCCUUGGAGUGCCGUACAUCCUUGGAGUAGGGAAGAAGAGCUGCAGCGAGCUGCUUCCUCUCAAUGAAGCCGACUUGGAAGAACAGUUUGUCCGGGGUUUUGGGCCUGGAGGCCAGGCUACAAACAAAACCAACAACUGUGUGGUUCUCAAGCAUCUCCCUUCGGGGAUUGUCAUCAAGUGCCAUCAGACUCGAUCCCUCGAGACCAACCGCUCAAAAGCCAGGGAGAUCCUUCAGGAGAAAGUGGACAUCUUCUACAAGGGCCAGUCCAGCGUGGUGCUCCAGGAGAAACAGGAGUUGCAGAAAAAAAAGGAAGAGAAGAGACGACAAGCCAAAAAAAACCUGGAAAGGAAGCGGCACUUGAAAGAAAUGCAUGCCCUGGAGGACAAAUAGGAGCAUAAAGAGAGUUUCGGCUGACGUUAUUUUUAAAAAACGGGACCUACUCUAAUCAAUGCAUUUUUUUUUAAACUCUGCAAUUCAGCAGAAAACAAUACAGUCCAAUCGGUGCUUGAAUUAUUAGCAUGAUGGCAUCAUUUCCACCACCACCCUCUCCAUUUCACUGAGGGCAGGAGAGAUCCUUGCAGGUGGCAAGGAACCUACCCCAUUUUCCAGGGCCUAGAUCACAGCAUUUUGGGGGGGGGGGGAGAGGGGUCACGUAAUUUAUUUCUUCUCUUUGCAUAUUUGCCAGAACUUUUACAAGAACGAAGUCCAGCUUCUUUGCUGUCAUUUGGUAGCGUGCAAAAAUUGCUGUAGCAUUUCGGUCGCGCCGCGCUGUUAAACCCAGUUGUCCCAAGGUGACGCGUUCCGUCGGUAUCAAAGCCACGAAGAAAGUUUUUAAAUCAGGAUAAGAUGGAUCCCUUUCCUGGAGUCCAUCAACGCUUCUGGAUGUAUGUUUGCUUUCAUUUCCUUAAAUCUUUUCUAUCUCCUCUACUUGUCCUCUUUUAAUAAUUUUAAUUACUUGUCCAGCUCACUCCCCACUCCCCCAUGGCUCUCUGGUAUUUAACCACAGGAAUUAUUGAAAAUAAGCUUUAUUACGUCAAGUAAUAAAUACAUACAAAGAGGCAAAGUUGCAAUUUAAAUCCGGG